AUGGCGGGCCGCAGACACCCUUCAGGCUCGCGCCUGCUGGCAAUCUUGGGCAUCGUGCUGGCGGCAAGCCAGCUCCGUACACGAACUCUAUUCGUCCAGGUUUCGUCUUCUUCGAGGCUGAUGCCGGCAGCCAGGAACCCGCUGAGUCAUAUCCCUCGAUUUGCCGAGGAAGAAGGCGAUUCAGCGACAACAGAGCCCAAGACCGAAGAAGCCGAGGUUGAGGCUCCGGCACCUGAAUCAGUGACUCCCUUGUUCCAGGAGCUGAACGUGACCAGCACAUCACAAGCCAAGAAGCUCAAGGGUGCGAUGGUUGCGAUUUUCAACACCGGAGAAAGGGCUGCAGAUCUUGUUCUACUAUCGCCGCGGAACAGGAGCACCAUGCUGUAUGCGAUCGCGGAGAUGCCCCAGGAGUUUCGACCUGCGGCACAGUUUCUGCUGCGCCAGCGUGAUCGCAAAAUGAGGGUGCGAGUGCUCCAGCACUUCCAGCCAGUCGCGGAUGCUGACGCUGAGGAGAUGCGGGUUUCGAAGACAACGAACUCUACGAAGCUCGGAUCCGCAAUUAUGAGCAAGUUUGUGGAUGUCGCCGGCAACAAUUUGAAGCGAACGGUCAAGCUUGAGUUCCAGGGGGCAUUCACGGCUUCCAUUGCCAUGGAAGCCAUCGAGAAGGCUCAGCACAAAGCCCACCGCCAAUUUACAUGGACGGUGCGCAAGGUGUUCAAGCCAGAAUCGGAAGGUGGCAUCACUACCAGAAUGACUAUUGUCGCAACCUGA